AUGGGAUUAUCACUUUCAAUACUUUUCUCCGCCUGGCAAGAAAUCGUAAACAAAACUCGACCAUUAAUAUCCGAACAACCGCCGGCGCAAAUGACGGUGGCCAAUAAAGAACUCAAUGCGACGAGCCGAAAGAACUCGAUUAUAUUGCCUAAAUGUGAGCCCGUGAGGUUGGUGCUUGGGACCUCGCUCUCGUUCAAGGACUUAUUAGACCAAAGCUUGAGCGCGAGAUCACAAUCUAAUGAGAAAACUAAAAGAAGUGAUUGUGAUAAGCUGACUCUGCCUGAGCCAGCCAUAAUGUUCUCGCCAAGGCCCGUGACCGAGCUUGAUGCGGCUGCUGUUAAGCUCCAAAAAGUGUAUAAGAGCUAUCGAACGAGAAGGAAUCUCGCGGAUUGUGCUGUUGUUGUGGAGGAGCUAUGGUGGAAGGCAUUGGACUUUGCGGCUUUGAAAAGGAGUUCGGUCUCGUUUUUCAAUGUCGAGAAACGAGAAACUGCUGUGUCGAGGUGGGCUAGAGCUCGGACUAGAGCAGCCAAGGUUGGGAAAGGGUUGUCUAAGGAUGAGAAAGCUCAAAAACUGGCUCUACGGCACUGGCUUGAAGCGAUUGAUCCGCGCCAUAGAUACGGGCACAAUUUGCAUCUUUAUUACGACGUAUGGUUCAAUAGUGAAAGUUCUCAGCCUUUCUUUUACUGGUUGGAUGUUGGAGAUGGCAAAGAAGUAAAUCUCGAGAGGUGCCCGAGAACUAAUUUGCAACGACAAUGCAUCAAGUACCUCGGACCAAAAGAGAGAGAGUCAUUUGAAGUUGUGGUUGAAAAUGGGAAGCUCGUUUACAAGGAAAGCGGUAUGUUAGUGGACACGAUCGAGGGCUCGAAAUGGAUAUUUGUUCUGAGCACGACAAGAACUCUUUAUGUGGGUCAGAAGAAGAAGGGCCUCUUCCAGCACUCGAGUUUCUUAGCCGGAGGGGCAAUCACGGCUGCAGGGCGCUUGGUCGCUCACGGUGGUGUUCUCGAGGCAAUCUGGCCAUACAGCGGUCACUAUCUCCCGACCGAAGAGAACUUCAGGGAAUUCAUAAGCUUCCUCGAGGAACACCUUGUCGACCUCGCAAACGUAAAGAGAUGCGCGACCGAUGAUGACUGUCCUCCAAUCGGUAAAGACUCGUACGGGGAUCAAACCGUAAAUUACGACCACAAAGAAAGCAAUAAUAAGCCGGUUUUCAACUUGGCGAAGCGAAUGUCGUGCAAAUGGAGCACGGGAGCUGGGCCGAGGAUCGGCUGUGUGCGGGAGUACCCUACCGAGCUACAAUUCCAGGCGCUUGAGCAGGUCAACCUCUCGCCUCGGCUGGUCAACAGGUCGCCAGCCAAAUACGGCCCAAUCCCAUCACCUAGGCCCAGCCCAAAGGUCCGGCUGUCUCCUAGAGUUGCGUAUAUGGGGCUGCCGAGCCCGAGGACAGCUAUACCGGCGGCUAACUGA